AUGCCGCUGGUUUUUCUGCCUCAAAUUUUGUGGCACAGCAAAGACAACAAGCAUUGUGAUCGUGUUUAUUCUUUGGACUUCCAGCCACAAGUUGUAGACUAUAGCAAUGGUGUAAAGUCUGUAUUUAAGUUAGCAACAGGAGGUGCUGAUGAGUUCGUGCAUAUUUGGCAGGUCUCUAUUCACAACAACGCACCGCAGUAUGCUACACACAGCGAUAAAAGCAUCCUCGCUCCUGAGAAUCUUCGUGCUAAUGCUACAGCAGGUCAAUCAAAGAGUGACUGUGAUGUUCAGCCGUUCACAGUGAAGAUAUUGGCCCGUUUAGUUGGUCAUAUCGGAGAGAUUAAUGCCGUAAGAUGGAAUCCUAACGGUGUUGUUCUAGCUUCGGGUGGUGAAGAUCGUUGUGUUUUCCUUUGGGCGAAAUCUGAAGGUUCUAACAACACCCUAGAUGGCACUAGUCAGGACUACGAAGAGCAUUACUCCAGGUUCCAGUACUAUAGGUUAUCGCAUGUCAUCAAUAGUAUCAGUUGGUGUCCUGAUGGUCGGCUAUUGGCGGUAUCUACGGAGGAUGGUCACGUCACUCUGAUAGACACCUUUGUAGAGGGUAGUGGUAAAAUCCGGCAUUUUGAAGGUCACACCAGCUUCGCACAGGGUGUAUCAAUCUGUCCUAAAAACAUAAUGAUCGCUUCGAUGGGUCAAGAUCAGACUUUGAGGAUCUGGAAGCGUCGAAAUGAAAAGCAAUGGAAGAACAUUCUGGUACUUCGGUCUGCUAAAGAUCGGUCGGAAUUUAAAGAAUCUAUUGGUAUGGAGAGUGAUGAUGUGCGGUAUAGUCGUUCGGUAUUUAUGAAUGAAGAGCUUUCUACAUUUUUUCGACGUUUGGAUUGGUCCCCUGACGGUCGUUUUUUGGUGACUCCCGCGGGUAUUCGUCACAAUUCUUUAUUUAGGAAGGAAGAUGAGCCUGAGAUUAAAGGUGACUCUGUGUAUACGUUAUAUGUUUUCCAUAGAAAGUUGAUACAUUUGGGUAUCCCUAUGGUUACCCACCAAUCACCGACGGGUCCUUUUGUUGUCGUUAAAUUUUGUCCCCUGGACAUCGGUAAGAUUGAGAAGGAGAAGAUCAACUUUUUCAACAAGAUGUUUAAACCUAUGGGUAAGGUUGCUAAGAAAAAGGUGAGUAAACCUAAGAAGAGUAAGGCAGCGUCUGGUGUCAAUGGGCAGCUUGGUGUUGCGAAUACAGCAACGAUUGCGGAAUCUUUCGGCCGUAUUAGUACCAGCAGUGAUCCUGGGUGUGAUGUUUCUGUUAAGGAAGCGGAACCCACCGAGGCUGCUGCCUCUCCAGCAGAUGCUACAAGUACAUCUACGAAUUUAGAGAAUGAUAUAAGUAUUAAAGAGGAAGUAGAAGAUCAUUCUACCGCCUUAUCAGGUUCCGAACCUGUUUGCAGCCAGGUCGAUAGCGGCGAAAGUAUACCGGUCCUGCAUUUAAUAAAAAACGAAGAUAACAUAGACCUGACUCAGGAGAUGGUUUCGGAAGCAAUAGAAUGCGAUAUGCCAAGUGAGCGUGCUGAAGCUGAGGAUAGCGAUUCACGUGCAUUGCGUACAAGUAAGCGUGAAAUUAAGAAGCCUGAAUUUUACGAUGCGACAUUUGAGCCGCGUAAAAGUUCACGCGGUGGUUGUAAAUCUAAGAAAUCUAAGAAGGAUGAAGAUAAAGAGUAUGAUACUGAUGUAGAAGACGAGGUGCACAUCUUCUUUAAGGUGUUGUUUGUAUAUUUUGCUGCCUUGAAAAGGGCUUUUAACGACCGUAUUACGAUGGAUAAGUCACGGUCCAGCGCUGUAUCCAGCGCGUUGUCUAAGAUUCGUAAACACCGUGAGGGAGUUGCGAAUGCUUUAGAAGAGUAUGAAAUAGAGGAUGAGAAUGAGAAGAUAUAUGAAGUUGUUACUGCUGAGGAGUAUAAGGACCGGACAUCGAAGAGGCGUCUUGACGAAUUUAUUGAAGGUGGAGAGAUUUUUUCAGAUGACGACUAUGAUUAUGAGAGUGAAAGUGGCGAAGAUGACCAUGAACGACCUGCUACAAAACGGCAACUUCCUGAUGGAUAUGGUAAAUCUAUUGAGCAGCAUUUUACCGAAAUUGCCCGUAAAGAAAGCAUGGCAUACAGACCGCCCAAAGAUGCUCAAAGUGACAAGAAGUUGAUGGAAAAGUUGAGUCGAUUUGAAGAUGACUUAGAUAAUGAAGAUAUCGCAACAAGUACAUCUUAUGCUACAAUGCCAGGUAAAAUGCCAAUGUCCAUGGGAAUGGGCAUGCCACCUGUUAUGGGUAUGCCUUAUGGCCCGAUGGGUCACUUUCAACGGUUUCCACAAUACCAAAUGUACAGUCAACUAGACAGGCAACAUCCAGAAGAACAACUGGCUGCCCCUGUGGAACAUAAAGCAGCACCUCUAUCGCAAAGACCGGCCGAAGAACCUAAAUUAGAUGUUAACGUUAUGACAUCUGGUAUGGAUAUUGACGAAAUAGUUCAAGAAGCAGAGAAAAUGCCAUUUGUCCCUCCACUCGAGCUGGAUGCUUCGAUCGUCGCUGAUUUUGGUGAAGUGGACACUACGGAGCUGGAGGUGAUAACCACCAGCAGUGCCCGGGAUGUGAUCGUCCCCGAGUUUGAGAAGGCUAUAGAUACCGAAUCUGAGGGUUUUGCAUUUUAUCUUCUAGAUGUCCAUGAGGAUGCGGGCGGCCUUCUACGUUUGUUUGGUAAACUUCACCGGGGGAAUACCACAGAGAGUUGCGUGGUAACUGUUCGACAGUUCAUGCGUUGUUUAUUUUUUAAAGCUCGUAUGGAUUUGGAUCUCGGUAACAUGCCGGAGGUGGAGAGUAGCUAUGAGCGGGCAUUCAUGAAGCAAUUUUUUACUGAAUUCGAAGCUAUACGUAAAAGCUACGGUAUCAAGAAGACCAAGUAUAAGAUUGUUAAACGAAAACUUUUAAGAUAUGGGCCAUCAGAAGAAGGUUUAUAUGUUAAAGUAUGCUACCCAUUUAGUCACCCACAGCUUAGGGCAGAACACUACCACGGUCAGACUUAUGAAGAUGUUUAUGGCGCUACUACUACACCAGCUGAACUUUUUUUGAUCAAACGUAAAAUUAAAGGGCCGUCAUGGUUGCGUAUUAUCGAUGCGCAUCCAUCAACUGAAAAGGUCACUACUUGUAAGCAUGAAUUGGACGUGGAAUCACACAAAAAUGUGGAACUGUGGAACGCACGUAAUUCGGAAGAGUUGCCAAUGCCAACAUUAUGUGUUGCUUCAGUAUCUGUGAAGACUUUCUUCGCAUCACCUACCCAUCAGGAGGUAUUGCAGGUGGCCAUGAUCUACGACAAGAACUUCAGGCUGGAUACCACCGAGAUUAAACAAUUAAACAAAUGUACACAACAUAUCGGUAUCCGUAAGAUCGAAAAAUUAACCUGGCCCUCAGAAUUGAAUACGUUUUUGAAGAAGAGGCCUUAUUUCCGUAUAUUUGAGCAUGAAAGAGGGUUAUUAGCUAAUUUCAUGAAGACUCUAGAGGUGAUAGACCCUGAUGUCGUAGUUGGUCACGAUGUAACACAGAACGUAUCGGAGUUUUUGUUGAAGCGCUGCAAUAUGUUGAAUAUCCCUUUACGUGUAUCAUUUUCUCGAAUGAAAGCUACAAAGAAAUACAAUCACCCGUUUUGCGCUGGUAGGAUAUUUUGUGAUACUCGUCUCGUUACCAAGGAGCUGUACCAUAACCGAAGCAACUAUGACCUUAGCAGCUGUGUUUCAGACCUCGUGUAUUCCAUGCAGGUAAAAGAGCAUCCGCUGUAUACGAAGCAGUCGUUUAACCUCAAGGAGCUGAUUCCUUGUUUCGCUGAGGAGUCUAUGAAAGAGCUCAUGACACUUGUACAGGCGAAUUCUAAAUGUGCUUUAGACGCUUUCAACUUGCUUAUAAAGUUACAGGCCUUACCUCUUACUAAGGAGCUUACAAAUAUCGCAGGUAAUCUCUGGAGUCGUAGUGUACAGUGUGCGCGAUCAGAACGUAACGAUUUCCUGUUACUUCACGAGUUCCAUAAGGCUAAGUAUAUCAUCGACCACAAUUUUGAACGGUAUCACAAGCAUACAGUGGCUACAGCUGAUAAUGAAAAGGAGGAGGGUGAUAGUAAGAAGAAGAACUAUGAGGGUGGUUUAGUUCUUGAGCCUAUAACAGGUCUCUAUGAUAAUUUUAUUUUACUUUUGGAUUUCAAUUCCUUGUAUCCUUCUAUUAUCCAAGAAUUCAAUGUAUGUUUCACCACUAUGCAGUUAGUGGACGAUGAUACUGCGGAGAUGGUUACGGAUUCACCUGGCAUGUUACCACAAAUUUUAAGGAGAUUGGUCGAGCUUCGGGCUUCUGUGAAGGCGGCUAUUGCUGUAGAACGUAACGAAGUACGUAAAGCCCAGCUGGGUGUACGUCAGUUGGCUCUGAAAUUAGUAGCAAACUCACUUUAUGGUUGUCUUGGAAGUGUCUACUCUCGUUUUCAUGCAAGACACAUGGCUGCGUAUAUCACGCAACAGGGUAGGAUGGUGCUUCAAUCGACGCGAGAGCGUGUUGAGAAGCAAUAUUCGCUUCGUGUUAUAUAUGGUGAUACUGAUUCAUUAAUGAUUGACACGAACAUCCGUGACGAGGGUUCCGAAUCUGCAUACGAAGCUGCACAACAAGUUGCCAACACCUUGAUGACAAGCAUUAACAAGUCUCACAAGAAAUUGGAGAUUGGUAUGGAUGCUAUGUUUAAUCGCUUGCUAUUAUUGAAAAAGAAGAAGUAUGCUGCUCUGAAAGUUGUUGACUACAAGACGAGGACCUUUGCACGAGAGAUCAAGGGUCUUGAUUUUAUCCGACGUGAUUGGUCGAUAUUGACGAAGGAGGUCGGGAAUGCUCUAUUGGCUAUAAUUUUAAGUGACAAGACAUCGGAAAGCGAAUCUCAUGGCGUGGAAAACACGGUAGAGCGCAUCCACGAUACACUCCGUGAGGUGAAUGCACGUAUCGAGGAAGGCAAGAUCCCAGCAAAAGCCUGGAUUAUAACACGUCAAUUGGCUAAGAACCCUAAUGAAUAUGGUUCAAAUGCGAAUUUACCUCAUGUGACUGUAGCGCUACGUAUGAACGAAUCCGGUGCUACCUACAGUGCUGGUCAUGAGGUGCCAUUUAUUAUCUGUUCGAAAGAAUCUAUAGCUAAGCAUAUGUUAAGUGAGGCAUGUGAUAAUGUUGAAUCCAAGGAGAGUUUGGAAAGCAAGCUGCGGAGUUUGUGUAACCGUGCAUAUAGCCUUGUGGAAUUUCAACAAAAGGGUUUGGAGCCAGAUAUACAUUAUUACAAGGCACAGCAGUUAUUACCGCCUAUAUUACGGUUAUGCGGUGUUAUUGAUGGUACCGAUCCUCAGAAACUUGCGAGUUGUUUACAGAUCCAAGAUGAAGUUAACAAGACUAUAUUGAAUACCUACUACGGUUCUUUUGAUUAUGCGGAGCAUGAAUCCAAGGCAUUAUCACUGAUUAACCGGACCGAUGAGCGUUACAGGGAAGUUGAGGUUACUACAUCUGUGCCAUGUCAGUUUUGCAAUAGUGCUGUUCCUGCGAAUUACUUUUUGAAGCAUAUGACCUGCAGCAAUUGCACUAACUGGCUGCCACUUCACUCGAUGCGUAACUGGAUAUCACGUACUAUUUAUGAGAUAUCGUUACAGUCCUCAUUUUGUAUAAGGAUAUGCAAUAUCUGUAACACUACAACGCCGAAUGUGUGUAUUGGCGACAAUGACGUAUGCCCGCAGCCGACCUGCCAGAGCCGUGAUGCGAUGGAAGUGGUGCUUCCUGCAUCGAAAAUAUACCUAUACUAUGAGUACCUGAUAUACAUGUUGGAAGGUGCUCUGGUGCACGAGGGAGGUAUUGAGAAAGAAGAUACACUGGUCAACGUGACCGUAGACAUCAACGGCAAGAUGAACGUGUUACCAAGCCACAGUCCCUUCCGUAAAGUGCGUUUGUUUCGCGAUAUACUUGAUGGCACUAUACGUCGAUCUAACUUGCCUGCAACAUCUGGUUUUCGAGUAUGCGGUCAAUACAUUUUGGGUAUACUAGAGGCGCUUCCGUUCAUGCAGUAUCAUACUGUGGAUUAUAAGGUCGAGCGCGAGGAAUUAUGUCAAUUUGUGAAGGAUUUGCAACAGCGCAACGCUUACAGUGUCGUAAGUUUGUCAGAUAUUUUUGAUACACUCACUGUAUCAUGA